GCACAACCAACGGUUUCCGAAGAGGUUGUGGAGCUUAGCAACGGCUCUCCAGCAAGGCGGGCUCCCAGUCACUUGCCAUGCAUGGAAGAAAACUACGUUGCGAAGGAACUAUUUCGAUGUCCAACAAUCCCAGCGCCUGCUCUUAUUUGUCCUUCCCUCAUAUACAAUGGGAUCUUUUCGAGAGAUCAAUAUCAAAGUUCGGGGAUGCUUGUGCCUCAGGAAUGGACUCAAACAUAUCACAUGUGUAUGCUCAUGCACAUGUUACCUGAAAGGCACGCAGAGCUCCUCCAAAGUCAGAAACUCUAUUUCACGUCUCCAUUUCUUACAUCUGGCAUUCAGCAGAUGUAUCCAAAGUUCAGCAGGUCAA